AAUUUUAACCUAAUAUUUUAGCAACUUUUCCCUCCUUCAAAACCUAUCUAAUUCCCUUCUUCAAUCAAUUGUAGUUUAUUAUUGCAUUUGAAUCUAUGAUUGAUUGCGGGGAAUAAACUUGUCGGGUUUGGGGGUUUAGGGUUUUCAUUUUCUUAUCAUCAUUAUUUUUAAUUUCUCUGCAGGUUAAGUCUCUCCCCCAAUCUUCCACAAAUGACUGACGAGGAGAAAUCUAAGCCAACUACUUGGGUCAUCUCAGGACCCACAUAUACCGGCAAAAGGAGAUCUGGGCCAAAAACCGGCAAACUUCUCAUCAAAAAUGAUAGAGAUCACCAGACUUAUUAUGAUAUCUUUUAUGAUGAAAUGAUCAAAGACGUUCGUAGUUGCAUCAAUAAGCCUGAUGCUGAUUUAAAUCACGAGUUGUAUAGGCUGAAAAUUGCGUGGUCUGGCAAGGGUCAGUAUAGAGAGUAUGUUGCCAAAAGCCGUAAAGAACUUCGAAUUCUGAUGAAGAAAAUUAAAAAAAAGGAAGCUGAAAUUCUGGGAAUAAGCAAGGAAAAGGAGGAAGCUGAAAUGAAAAGGAAGGAAGAGGAGGAAGCUGAAAGGAAGGAAAAGGAGGAAGCUGAAAUGAAAAGGAAGGAAGAGGAGGAACCUGAAAGGAAGGAAAAGGAGGAAGCUGAAAUUCUGAAAAAAAGCAAGGAAAAGAAGGAAGCUAAAAUUCAGAAAAAGAAAAUGAAAAAGAAGGAAGCUAAAAUUCGAAAGCAAGCAGCUAAAAAAGUUUGUGAGGAAGGGGCUAAAGCAUGUUAAAUGCCCUAACUAAAAUUAGGCAGUUGUGUGUAGAGUAAGAAAUUGAAAUUGAAUUAUGUUAUGUUUUAUCCUCAAGUUAUAGAGAACCAAGCUCUUGAAUCUUGGUCUUUUCUGAACUAUUUCCUAUAUAACUAAUUAACUAUUGUAAUAUCGCCAUCAAUUAAGUAUUUGUAUGGUGCAAUCUGUUUUUGUUCA